UGUGGAUCUGAAGGUUUUAGCAUUGUCAAAACAGUGGAACCCUUUUCCUCUUCCUCUUCUCAAAUCACAAUCCCACUAUUCCAAUUUAAACCUCACCAUUCAAAAUCUUAUCUCCAAACAACAAGAUCAGGAAAAAUCCUUUCACUUUCAUUCCUUUUCAACCUUUUUUGAUCCAAAAAUGCACAACCUUUACCUGACUAAACUGUUGUUAUCUUUUUCAGUAGUUUGUACAUUUCAUUUGGAUUCUCUAGUAACUAAUUAACAAACAAACAAAAGGUUAAUUUCAUGCUUGUUUACCAAGUACAGUCUUAAAAGAUAAUUCGGUUUAUAAGGAACCAAAGAAAAGUAAAGAUGGGUUUUACUUGCAUUUCUUCUCUUUUCCAGAGCACACUCAGCUUUGGGUGUGGAUGGAUUGAAUGGUGACACUAAAGUAAGAGGUGUGAACUUAGGUGGAUGGUUAGUUCUUGAAGGAUGGAUUAAACCUUCACUAUUUGAUGGCAUUCCCAAUGGAGAUAUGCUUGAUGGAACACAGGUUCAGUUCAAAUCGGUGAGCUUAAAUAAGUAUGUGACUGCACAGGAUGGGGGAGGUCAAAGUGUCAGUGUAGAUAGAGACGUUCCAUCAUCUUGGGAAACAUUCAGAUUAUGGAGAGUAUCUGAAUCGGAUUUUCAGUUUCGCACUCUAAAGGGACAGUUUCUAUCUUGUGAUGGAGUAGGGGCAUCUGUCACUGCAACAUCAGAGUUACCAUCUUCAACAGAAACAUUUCACAUUGAAAGGAAUAACAAUAACAGAGUUCAUAUUAAACUUUCCAGCGGGACAUAUCUGCAGGUGUCUUCUAAAAAUGAGCUCACAGCAGACUAUCCAGGGGUCCCAGGAUGGGAUGAUAAUGCAGCCACAUUUGAAAUGACAAUUGUGGCUAAUAUCUUGCACGGGGAUUAUCAGCUUGCCAAUGGAUAUGGACAUGAUAAGGCGAAAGAAGUGCUUAGUAAACAUAGAAGUAGCUAUAUCAGACCAGAAGACUUUCAGUUUCUUUACGAACACGGAAUAAACACAGUGAGAAUUCCUGUUGGCUGGUGGAUUGCAGAGGAUCCGAAUCCACCUGCUCCUUACAUUGGGGGAAGUUUGGCAUCUCUAGAUGAUGCAUUCUCCUGGGCACAGACGUAUAACAUGAAAUGCAUUAUUGACCUCCAUGCAGCUCCUGGUUCCCAAAAUGGGAUGGAGCACAGUUCCAGUCGAGAUGGUUCUACUGACUGGCCGACAUCUCCAGCAUACAUCUCUCAAAGCCUUGAUGUUAUUGAUUUCCUAGCUUCCAGGUACGGAAACCAUCCUGCUCUAUUGGGGAUUGAACUUUUGAAUGAACCAUCUGCUUCUGGCGUUUCUCUUGAUAUUUUGGUCUCGUACUACUCAAAGGGAUACCAAAUAGUGAGAAACCAUUCAUCUACAGCUUAUGUAAUAGUGUGCCAGAGGAUUGGCAAUGCAGACCCGCUAGAGCUUUAUCAUGCCAACAUUGGUUUAUCAAACGUUGUGGUGGAUUUGCACUACUAUAAUCUUUUUGAUAAUUUCUUCUCUAAUAUGAGCACGUCGGAGAAUAUUCAGUUCGUACAUAAAAGCAGGGAAACUCAAGUGGAAUCCUUAAAUGCUGCUAAUGGGCCACUAGUUUUUGUUGGGGAGUGGGUGAAUGAAUGGAGCGUCGCCAAUGGGUCUCAGAUGGAUUAUCAAGAAUUCGGUAGAGCACAAUUGGAUGUGUAUGAUACAGCUUCUUUUGGAUGGGCAUAUUGGACACUCAAGAAUGAUAGGAAUCACUGGGAUUUGGAGUGGAACAUCAGGAACAAUUACUUACAGUUAGGCCAAAAAUCUUUACCGGCAUGGGGUUAUGGAUAUCUUGAUGCAGGUGGUUUGCCGAAUAAGCAGAUGCAAAGCUAUUUCUUGCUACUUGUAUCGGCCUGCAGUUAUCUCUACUUGCGGCAGAUAUUGUAAUACACCCUGGCUGGUUUCUGCUUUUUUUCUUUUCUCUUUUCUUUUGUACUUGUUUUAUGUUUCUGUUAAAAAAAAGCCUCCCUCGUAGAGGAAUACAUCUCGUGAGCGUAUAAUAUGCAAGUGGUCAAAAUGUUUAUGAGCAAGUCAUACGGUGGAAUCCAACCUAUUCCAAGUGUGGAAAAUCCAUGAAA